UGCAUGGAAGUGAGACACCGAGUCGGGGUCGGAGAUCCUUUUAGCUCGGUGGUUGUGGGUUUCAUUUGCUUUCAGAAAAAAGUCUGCCUUGCCAGCAAGUCGUUGGAAAAUGGCUGAAAAGUUGGAAAAACAACGAGGACGUUUGCCAACUUGAUGAAGCAACCUUCCUGCGACCAUGUUUAGACUUGCUGGGGGAAGUGCCUCGCAUGCUUCUUCCUCUACUGCAGCCACACUUCCACAUCAUUCGGCACACUUUCACACUCUCUAGCACACUUCAGUGCUAUCUGACACACUCUAGCGCGCUUUCAACAAAACCUAACACACAUUAGCACUCUUUAACUCUCUCCAGACCUCUUCUUCAGCACACUUUAGCACUCUUUAAGGCUCUCUAGCACUUUUUCAGCAUACUUUAAAACACUUUAGCACUCUUUAGCACUCUUUUUUUUUUUUUUAGCACAUUCUAACACCCUUUAGCACACGUUAACAUUCUUCAACAAAACCUAACACACAUUAGCACUCUUUAGCUCUCCCCAGACCUCUUCUUCAGCACACUUUAUCACUCUUUAGCGCACUUGAACAAAAUCGAGCACACUAUAGCACUCUUUAAGACUCUCUAACACUCUUCUUCAGCACACCUUAGCACUCUUUAGCACACUUGAACCCCUCUUUAACACACUUUAGUACUCUUUAACACUCUUUAGCACACUUUAGCCCUUUUAGACCCACAUUUUUUUUAAACACUCUUUAGUGCACUCUAGCACACUAACACACUUCUGCAGUCUUUUGCACUCUUUAACACUCUUUAGCACACUUUAGCAGUCUUACACUCUUUGACAAAUCUUUUUUUAAACACUCUUUAGUGCACUUUACCACACUUUAACACACUUCCAUAGUCUUUUGCACUAUUUAACACUCUCUAACACACUUCAGCACUCUUUAAUACACUUUAGCAGUCUUUAGCUCUAUUUAACACAAUUUAGCACUCUUUAACAAUAUUGAGCACUUUUUAACACACUUUAACACUGUUUAACACACUUUAGCCCUAUAUAACACACUUUAGCACACUUUACCAGUCCUUAGCACUUCAACACACUUAGGGGCUCUUUAACCCACUUUAACCCACUUCAGCAGUCUUUAGCACUCUUUUGCACACUUUAAGACACGUUAGCAGUCUUUUAGCACACUUGCGAGCACACAGCCAUGCCUGUGAGCGGGAAAGUGUGCGUGGUGACAGGAGCAGCAGCAGGGAUCGGCAAAGCGAUCAGCGAGGUGCUUUUUAAAAACGGAGCGAAGGUGGUUCUGUUGGACGUGGAUGAAAGUGCCGGAAGGAUCCUCAUGGACGCUCUGAACAAGGAGGACGGUAAAGACCGAGCUUUGUUCCUGAGAUGUGACGUCCAAUCAGAGGAGCAGAUGAAAGCUGCCCUGGAGACGACCAUGAAGAAGUUUGGCAGGCUGGACGUGCUGUGCAACAACGCAGGUGUUCUAAACGAGGACGACUUUGAGAAGACUGUGGCCAUCAACUUGGUGGCAGUGAUCAGAGGAACUUACCUGGCACUGCAGCACAUGAACAAGAUGACUGGAGGACAGGGAGGUGUCAUUGUCAACAUUUCAUCCAUGCUUUCAAACCUCUGCCAGGCCUGCCCGUCUACAGCGCCACCAAGAGCGCCGUCAACGUCUUCACACGAGCCAUGGCGGAUAUCUCCGACAGGUUGGGCUACGGCGUGCGCUUCAACGCCCUUUGCCCCGCCUUGGUCCAGACCGACAUCUUCACCGGGCUGCGGGCCAAGAUGGGUCCGUUCUGCCAACUGGAGGGACCCACGCGGGAGGUGGGCGACAGGCUCGGCGUGCUGAGCGUCUCCCAGGUGGCCGAGAGCUUUCUCCAGCUGGUGACAAACGAGUCCAAGAACGGGGAAGUCGACCUGUUGGCCGCCAACGGAAUGACGAGCGACCAGAAGCCUCAGGAGUCAAAAUGAUGUGACACAGUGGACCCAAUUCAGGAACCAAUUAAGUUCAGAAAUGGAGAAGAGUAAAGCAAAUUUCCCCAUAAGAAACAAAGCAAAUAUCAAUAAUGGCUUUCAGCGUCCACAAAAGUCCACAUUUUAGUGAAGGUGUGUACACGUUGAACACAAUAUCAAGUGCUACACACUACUGUGUAUCUAACAAACAUAACAAGGGGGUCAUGGAUCAACUAUCUCCUUAUUAACAAGCUAAAACAGCAAAAACGACAAGCUCAACUAUGCAACUGUCCUUUUGGUGCCCUCACAAACGAUCAGAAAUCACCAAAAACUAUAUUGCUACAAUAAUAAACAUAAAUUUUUUUU